AUUUUAUGAGAAGAAAAAAAGAUGGUUUAGUUGAAAGGUUUUGGGUGAGAAAAGAGUGUGUGAAGAGAAGAGAAGAGAGUAAAGAUGAUUUUGCUUCGAUUACCAAAAGCUCCCAUGGCCAUGACCUUCUUCUUAGCUCAACCUUCUUCUUCUUCACUCUACUCCUUCUCCCAUUCCCAUUUCAGUCUCAUCCCAAAACCCCAUUCACUCACCAUUAAUCCAACUCUUAAACCCUUUCACCUUCUCUCAUCUCCAAAAUCAACUCUUUCACCUUCCCAACCACAGACCUUAUCCACCCCCGACACUACACACCCCCAAAUUGAAACCCCUCAAGAAGAUUUCGAUACCCAAAUCCAAGUAUCCCUCGAAAACCUCUUCGUGCCUCCGGAAACAGAAAUUGGUGAUGGUACUUCAGCCCUGACCUCGAGAAUCUUGAGGGGCUCUAAUAUUGUUCUGAGCAAGUACGCAAGGGAUGCUCAGGUUGCCCAAGCUGAGUUCGUUAAGAGCAGUGUUGCCACUGAGGAUUGUCCCUCUGAUGGUCUUCCUGAGUUCGCUCUCGUUGGUCGCUCCAAUGUGGGAAAGUCUUCGCUUCUUAAUUCCCUUGUUCGGAGAAAGAAACUUGCUUUAACCUCAAAGAAGCCUGGGAAGACACAAUGCAUCAACCAUUUUCGAAUCAAUGAUAGCUGGUACCUUGUUGAUUUGCCUGGAUAUGGAUAUGCUUCUGCACCGAAGGAUCUUCGAACAGAUUGGGCAAAAUUUACUAAAGAUUACUUCCUAAAUAGGUCGAAACUAGUUUCAGUAUUCCUUCUCAUUGAUGCUAGCAUUCCUGCCAAAAGCAUUGACCUUGAGUAUGCUAGUUGGCUGGCACAGAAUCAGAUCCCCAUGACAUUAAUCUUCACAAAAUGCGACAAGCGAAAGAAGAAGAAGAACGGAGGCAAAAGACCGGAAGAAAAUGUGAAAGAUUUCCAGGAGUUAGUACGUGGUUUCUUCAAGACAGUUCCCCCUUGGAUUAUGACCAGCAGUGUUACAAAUCAGGGUCGUGACGAGAUAUUACUGCAUAUGGCCCAGCUACGCAACUACUGGCUCAAGCACUAGUUGCUGCAGCAUGAAAAUCAGCAUCAAAACAGAAGGUAGAAGAAGUGGUGAGUUGAGCUCGGCAUUUACUCAGAGCAUGUAGCGAUCCCAGACCCAUUAAAGAAAGGGCCAACGAUGGCGAAGUGAAGUAUUUUUCAAGGUGUAAAAUGGACAGAGAACCGGUCUUUUGAGGAAGGUAAAUUAGGUGUGUGUUUCUUUAACAUGGUUAGUUAUAAUAGAUACUUACACACAUAGAAUGAAAUUCAAAACUAUAAGCCUUUCUUAUUGUGAAAGACUUGUUCUUUUUGGCUGUGUUGUACAUACUAUAUUUCUUUUGUAAAAGAAAAAGUAAAAAUUUUUAACUUAAGGAUAAAAUUGUAGUUUAUUUUUAUUUGUAAGAUUUUUACAUUUAUAUGAUUUGUUUAACAUUUUUUGCCCUCUUCUAAA